AUGAUAUGCAUGUCUUUAGAACCCAUACAUUUUUCGAAAGCUAAAGUUUUGAGAAAUAUUUAUGACGGAAAAGAUGAUUUACUAGAAGAGUAUACAGAUUACGAGUAUGCAAAUAAUGAAUAUUUUGACAAAAUAUCAAAUAAUUUUCAAAUUCUGAAAGUUCAAAAGAUUAACAACUGUAAAUUGUAUGGCAUCUAUCUAUUACACAAGGAAGAAAUGCAGUUAGAUUAUAGCAGUGGUGAAGUGUGCGAGGAAACUUUGUUCCACGGGACUAGUAUAAGGAAUGCGAUGAGUAUUGCACAAAAAAAUAUCGACUGGCGAUUGACAAACCGCACUAGAUUUGGAAAAGGUGCCUGUUUUUCACCGUGUCCAUUUUAUGCUAAUAAAUAUGCUGGCGGGAAGGAAGCAUUUAUUAUCGCCAAAGUGCUAGUUAAAAAAACAGAAAUAACAGGCGUUAACUAUCAUCUGGAAAUACCUUCGACAAAAGAUUGUGAUACUACAGUUGGGAACGGAGGACAAGUAUUCGUCAAAUAUGACGAUAACACUUUUUACCCAGAAUAUAUUGUUCAUUAUUCUUAA